AUGAGUUUUAUCAUGAAACUUCACAGACACUUUCAAAGAACAGUUAUUUUGCUGGCCACUUUUUGUAUGGUGAGCAUAGUUAUUUCUGCGUACUACUUGUAUACUGGCUACAAACAGGAAAAUGAGCUUCCUGAAGUCUCUUCAGAAGUGGAAUGUGGUGAUCUUCAACUGUUACCAUACAAGCUGAUGGAGAUGAAGACCAUGAAGCCUGUUGAUCCCCUGAGGACAGAUCUUGUAGUGCUGGUGUUUGUGGAAAGUCAGUACUCAGCAUUAGGCCAAGAUAUAAUAACCAUAUUAGAAUCUAGCAGAUUUCAGUUUCACAUUGAGAUUGCACCUGGAAAAGGUGACCUCCCUGUGCUCAUAGACAAAAAUAAAGGCAAAUAUGCUCUCAUAGUGUAUGAAAAUAUUCUAAAGUAUGUGAAUAUGGACUCUUGGAACAGAGGUCUUCUAGAUAAGUACUGUAUAGAAUAUGGUGUAGGUGUUAUUGGAUUCCACAAAGGCACUGAGAACAGCUUGCAGAGCUUUCAGUUGAAGGGCUUUCCUUUCCAUGUCCACAGCAAUCUGGGUAUUAAGGACUGUUGCAUUAACCCUCAUUCCCCACUGCUCCAUGUGACUAAGUCUUCUAAGCUUGAGAAAGGUCCCUUGCUUGGAAAUGACUGGGCGGUUUUCCAGAUUAAUCAUACAGCUUAUCAACCAGUGAUAUUUGCAAAAGUAAAGACACCAGAAAACCUUUCACCACCUGCUGCUAAAAGUGCUCUCCAUGCCACAGUAAUUCAUGACCUGGGGCUCCACGAUGGGAUUCAACGAGUCCUUUUUGGCAAUAACUUGAAUUUUUGGCUGCACAAGCUGAUUUUCAUAGAUGCCAUCUCUUUCCUGUCUGGAAAGAAGCUCAGACUCUCCUUGGAUAGGUAUAUUCUGGUUGACAUAGAUGACAUCUUCGUUGGGAAGGAGGGAACAAGAAUGAACACCAACGAUGUACAGGCGCUGCUUGACACUCAGAAUCUUUUGAGAGCUCAGAUUGCAAAUUUCACUUUCAACCUGGGAUUUUCAGGGAAAUUCUAUCACACAGGCACUGAGGAGGAAGAUGAAGGUGAUGAUCUCUUGUUGAGGUCAGUAGAUGAGUUUUGGUGGUUUCCCCACAUGUGGAGUCACAUGCAGCCUCACCUCUUCCACAACGAGUCGUCGCUGGUGGAGCAGAUGAUCCUCAACAAAAAAUUUGCCUUAGAACAUGGUAUUCCAACUGACUUCGGCUAUGCGGUGGCUCCACACCAUUCUGGAGUCUAUCCAGUGCAUGUUCAACUUUAUGAUGCCUGGAAAAAGGUGUGGAAUAUCAGAGUUACCAGCACAGAAGAAUAUCCACAUCUGAAGCCUGCAAGGUAUAGACGAGGCUUCAUCCACAAAAAUAUCAUGGUGCUUCCUAGGCAGACUUGUGGCUUAUUCACCCACACGAUUUUCUAUAAAGAGUAUCCUGGAGGCCCAAAGGAACUAGACAAAAGCAUUCAAGGAGGAGAGUUGUUCUUCACAGUGGUUCUCAAUCCAAUCAGCAUCUUCAUGACACAUUUGUCUAAUUAUGGAAACGACCGCCUGGGGUUAUACACCUUUGUGAAUCUGGCCAACUUUGUGCAUACUUGGACAAACCUGAAACUGCAAACUCUUCCUCCAGUGCAGCUGGCUCACAAGUAUUUUGAACUGUUCCCUGAGCAAAAGGACCCUCUCUGGCAGAAUCCGUGUGAUGACAAACGGCACAGAGAUAUCUGGUCUAAAGAAAAAACCUGUGAUCGGUUACCAAAAUUCUUGGUUGUAGGACCCCAGAAAACUGGUACCACAGCCUUGUAUUUGUUCUUGAUCAUGCAUCCUUCCAUCAUUAGUAACUCCCCCAGCCCAAAAACCUUUGAGGAGGUACAGUUCUUUAAUAGAAAUAACUACCACAGGGGGAUUGAUUGGUACAUGGAUUUCUUCCCCACUCCUUCUAAUGUCACCACAGAUUUCCUCUUUGAGAAAAGUGCCAACUAUUUCCAUUCUGAGGAAGCUCCUAAGCGAGCUGCUUCCCUCAUCCCCAAGGCUAAGAUCAUCACCAUCCUCAUUGACCCAUCCGAUCGGGCGUAUUCCUGGUAUCAGCAUCAGCGAUCGCAUGAAGAUCCUGCAGCUCUUAAGUUCAGCUUCUAUCAGGUGAUCACAGCUGGACCUCGAGCCCCAUCUGAGCUUAGAACUCUCCAGAAGAGAUGCCUAGCACCUGGAUGGUAUGCUACCCAUAUUGAAAGAUGGCUAACUUACUUCCCCCCGUAUCAGUUGCUAAUUAUUGAUGGACAACAGCUGAGAGCUGACCCGUCUGCCGUAAUGGAUGAAGUACAGAAAUUUCUGGGAGUCUCUCCUCAUUAUAAUUACUCUGAAGCCCUUACGUUCGAUUCACAUAAAGGUUUCUGGUGUCAGCUGCUGGAAGAAGGAAAAACAAGGUGUCUUGGAAAGAGCAAAGGUAGAAAAUACCCUCCUAUGGAUUCUGAGUGCAGGGCUUUCCUGUCAAGCUACUACAGAGAUCACAAUGUGGAACUGUCAAAACUCCUACACAAACUGGGACAACCUCUGCCAUCAUGGCUGAGACAGGAGCUGCAGAAAGUAAGAUAG